ACUAACAGUAUAUAAGUAGCGGCCAUGGCGAGUCCUCUGAGCUCAUCUUAAUUGUGGUGCUUGAGUCGAAAUUAAUUAAGCCAUGGCAUCCGCCUCAGGCUUAUUGCUCAAGAUUUCUUUCUUCUUGAUGCUGUUGUUCUCGAAUGGGAAGGGGCAACUUUCCCCGUCGUUCUACAGCCAAACGUGCCCCACUCUGGCCGCCACUGUGAAGUUAGUGAUGACGACGAGUGUGCUUCUGGAUCGCCGGACGGGAGCGUCCAUUCUUCGACUCUUCUUCCAUGACUGCUUUGUUAAUGGUUGCGAUGGGUCGGUUUUGUUGGACGACGCGGGGAGUUUUGUGGGGGAGAAGGGCGCCGGGCCGAACGCCAACUCGCUGCGCGGCUUCAACGUCAUCGACACGAUCAAGACGGCGGUGGAGCUGCUGUGCCCCAAGACCGUCUCCUGCGCCGACAUCCUCGCGCUUGCUGCUCGCGACGGCGUUGUUCUGCUUGGUGGGCCAUCAUGGUCGGUGCCGCUGGGCCGCCGCGACUCCACCACCGCCAGUCUCAGCGCCGCCAACAGCAACCUCCCCAGUCCGGUUUCCAGCCUUUCUCAGCUCAUUUCUGCCUUCGCCGCCAAAGGGCUCAACGCCCGCGACAUGACCGCGCUCUCCGGCGCCCACACCAUCGGCCAGGCCCGCUGCGUCAACUUCCGCUCUCACAUCUACAGCGACGCCAACAUCGACGCCGCCUUCGCAUCCCAGAGACAGGGCACCUGCCCUUCCUCCGGCGGCGACAACAACCUCGCGCCGCUGGACGCGCAGACCGCCAACGCCUUCGACAACGCCUACUUCAAGAACCUGCUCUCCUCCAAGGGGCUCCUCCACUCCGAUCAGGAGCUGUUCAACAACGGCACGCAGGAUUCGCUGGUGCGGCAGUACGCCACCAACCCGUCGGCCUUCGCCGCCGACUUCGCCGCCGCCAUGGUCAAGAUGAGCAACAUCGGCCCGCUCACAGGAAGCAGCGGAGAGAUCCGAACCAAUUGCAGAAGGGUCAACUGAUGAUCUAUAUCAUCCAAUUUUAUAAAUUCUUAAAGAAUUUUUGUUACAUGUUUUGCAUCUAGCUAGCUAGACAAGUAAUAAGGGUAUGUGUGCUCGUUGUGUACUAAUUAGCUAGCUAGCUAGCUACUCCACGUGCUUUUUGUUUUAUAGCAAAUUGCUAUAAGAAUUAUUGUUUUCGUAUUCCUCAA